AUGUUUAGCAGCAACAAUGGACCUUCCUCGCUUUUUGGAAGCGGAGUGACUACCUCCACUCCAACUUCUACACCCGCGCAGACAAAUAAUGGGUUUUUGCCUGGCCAUAAGCAAGCUACGAGUGGUUUGUUUGGUGCAGCAAGCAAAAGCUUUUCAACACCAACUCCGCCCGAAAACCUGUUCGGGAAGAACACUUCUGGGAAUAUUACGGCCAACAGCGAUUUAAAUAAGAGCCGUGGAAACGUUAAUGGGGGGUUUGGGAUGUUUGGGCAACCAAGCACUACAACGCCGCUUCCCUUGGGAUCGGCCGCUACUGAGAAAAAACAAAAUACUUCCUUAUUUCCGCAGAGUGCAAACUCCAAUACCAACAACGGGGGGACCUCACUUUUCGGUGUAAACAAUAGAAUCAGUAAUAACGUUUCUUUGCCUACAAUGUCCACAGGAAGCCUUUUUGGGAACCAGAAUAAUGACGCAAUUGCGCCAAAGCCACAGGGCUCUUUAUUUGGUAGUCAACAGAUGUCUGGACAGGCAGGAGGCUUAUUCGGUGCAUCCUCAUCGAACCAGAGUGCAGGAUCGACAAAAUCUACAUGGAGCUUCAAUUCUGGAAGUAAUCCAAGCAAUGUAAAUACGGGUCUUUUUGGAAACACAAGUCUGAAUGGUAGCAGUCUUUCUGGCACUUUACAGCCGCAAAAUGGACAAAAUUAUGGUUUAUCUGGAGAUCCCUAUGGUUUGAGGGUGGGAAGCAUGCCGGUGAAUGUCACUAGUAUGCCAGAAUCGAUUACGGCGGUUUUAUCGAAGAAGGGCUCAAAGGAAAAUUCUUCACUUCGAGACGGUAAAAGGUCAUUUUCCCACCCUGUAGCUCCAAAUGCUAUCAGAUCUUCCAGCUCCAGCCUGAUCAGCAAAUUGAAUUCAAGAAUGAGCAGUGUGCAAACGUCCGAGAAUGUUCAAGGGCUGUUUUCUCCCUCCUCCAGGAAUAGUGGUAUCGCUGAUGACGUAACUCGCACAUCGAACAACAGUUCCAAGAGGAUAUCAGGUCUCACACCCAUGAAUAUUCAUGAAGUGAAGCCUUUGAUGAAGAAGGUGGACCUUUCUGAUCUGCGGAGAUUAAAGAUUGACAGCGGUCGCAGUGCUGCAAAAAAAAUGAAGCUUUUGAAAGGUAUAAGUAAUACAACAAAGUUUCAAUCACUGGAAGAAGAGUCGGACAAAAAGCGCAAAAAAGAGGCCAGAAGUGCGGACUGCUCGAGUGAAAUCAUUAUCAAAAGCGAUUCCUUCAACGAAAACGCCGAGGAACACAGUUCAAGCUCUUGCGAGCAAUACUGGUGCUCCCCUUCAAUUGAUGAACUUGUUCAAUUACCUGUAAAACAGUUAUGUGCAGUGUCCAAUUUCGUGGUGGGGAGAAAAGGUUUUGGUUCAAUUUCUUUUGAGCGUGACGUUGACCUCAGUAAUUUUACUACAGGUCUGAAAGAAAGUCUUUUUGGCAAAGUGAUCGUUUUCCAUAAAAACAAAACUGUUGAAGUGUAUCCUGAAGAAUUUAAAAAACCAUCUUUAGGAUAUGGGCUAAAUGUACCUGCUACUAUAUCAUUGGAGAAGGUUUUCCCCGUAGACAAGCAUACAAAGUUGCCAAUAAAGAACAACUCCAAGCCGACCGACGUCGCAGCCUUUGUAAGAAAGUUAAAAAAGUUAAAGGGUAUGGACUUUGUCACCUAUAAUCCUUUCGACGGCACUUGGAUCUUCAGGGUACAACAUUUCAGCGUUUGGGGUAUUAUUGAUGAAGAAGACGUCAGGAUUGGGUCGGAAGAUGAGGCAGAGAGACAAGUGGAACCUAAAAGGGCAAAGUCGAGUCGACAAGCUCAAGACGUCUUUAUGACCAAUAGCGUUGGGUUGGAUGAUGCAUCUUUGCGUCCUGGCUCUUUUCGAGGUAAUAAUGCAGUUCUAAGGUUCAAUCCAAAUCCAUCCUCUCUGGCCUCUGACGAUCUAAGAAAUGUCAACGAAGAGCUGGAUUCGCUCAUCGAUGAAAAGGCCUACGAACCGCUGGCCUUAUCACAACAUGAUUUCGAUAACCUCGUGGCCACGCCACGAUUGGCGACUUCAAGAAACUGGUUGGAACAACUCAAGUUAUGUGAUCUGGCUGAACGCUCCAUUUUUCGUUCUGCCGAAAUGAGUAAAUCGAAACACAUGCCAUUCCCCGAAUUCGAAAAGAGUUUUCGUCAGUACAAAGACAUCUGCAGGAAAAUGAAAAUGAAAGGCACAGGAAAUUUUUGUAGUUUUUCCCAACAAUCCACUUUGCUCAUGAAGGAUUCAUCAGCUCCGGAAGGUUUCAAAGUGGCCUCCUUGAAGUCUGCAUUUCACAGUUUGCAAAAAACUAUCCAUGGUAUAUUUGGGCCAUGCUUGACAUCUUCAAGUAUAGAUGUCCGAGAAUCCAAUGGCUAUCCCAUAAUAUCAAAUUUACCGCUUUCUUUUGUGGAAAUUGCUAGUGCUUUUUCUGCUACGGAAGAUGAAUUGAGAAUUUGGAAGCUGGCUUCGAUUCUGUUUGACGAUACAGUUCUCCCUAUGGAUGGUCCGAGAGAAAGCGCAGUCGGCAUUAUCAGGAGAAAAAUGAAAUACGAUAAUCUGUGUUGCUGGUUAGUUGAUUCUAUUAAGGCAAGUGUUUCCGUGAAAUUGAAUGAAACAGACAGUUCCAAUGAACGCGUAUUUCUUUAUCUCUUGAUAGGCGACUUGAUUAGUGCAUCCAAGCUUGCGAUAGAAUCGAAUAAUCCACACUUAGCAGCUGUCAUUUCUCUUUUAAGAUCAAACGAUCCCACUGUAAGUCACUUGGCGGCUCUACAGUUGAACCAUUGGAAAACAAAAAAUCAGAAUAUUGACAUUGGGGUCAAGAAAACUUACCAACUCCUGGCUGACCCAAGCAAAUGUCAAGGAGAUGAUUGUAUUAAAGGACUAACCUGGCUAGAGCAAUUUGCAAUCGAGGUGUUGUAUGGAAAUAUAGACGAAAAAUCUUUAGAGGAAUUAGUGAGAACUUCUUUGAAGGCCGUCAAUUUGGGAAAUGAAUCUUCAACAGAAAUGACCUUUAACAUUUUGAGUCUCUAUGCAUCCCAAAACAACACCGACUCCUUCAUCCGCAACGUUGUUUUUUCCAAACAUCAGCAAGAUUUGCAUUUUCCUUGGUUACUAUUGCACAUUUUAAGCGCUAAAGGGAUUUGUAAUUUGCCCAUGGAUCUAGCCGAUCGGCUCACCUUAAGUUAUGUCGAACAACUAAAGGUCAAUAACUUACAGGAAGAAGCCCUAUACACUACUCUUUUCCUCCGUGAUGAUCAGUUGGCCAAACAACAGAUCGAUCUUUUGGUAACCGUUUUGGUUUCUGUUCAAACUCAUAAUGAAAUCUACGAUCUUUUCGAAAAACUAAAAAUUCCAAGUGAAUUGGUUUCCCUUUCGAUUGCGACAUAUUGCAGAUACCAAGGCAAUUACGUGCAAGAAGCUGAAGAGUUGUUGAAAGGGGGCCUUGCCAAGGUUGCUGAAGACAGAAUACUCCAUGAUAUUGCACCGAAAUUGAUCCUACACGAGACUAAAACUUCUGGCAAUCUAGCGGUCCUAGCGAAGCUUAUCGAUUUGUUUCCAGCGAAUGCGCUCGAAAACUGGGAAAAAGGGCUCGGAAUUUAUAAGAAUUAUUUGGAGCUAGCCCUAUCCCCAAAUAAGCGCCCCAAGUUUGAAACCUUAAAAAGUCUACUUGACGGACUUCCUCUUUUAUAUUCUCGUCAAAGAAAAGGCGAUAAAGGUGAAGUUUGUUGCGGUCUCAUGGCUGGAGUUGUAUGCUCUGCCAUCAUGAGAAAUUGGGCGGAGGUACUGAAAGAGUCCACGAUAAAAGAAAAACUGCUGGCUUUGCCUCUCGGAGAACCCGAGCGCAUGUAUCUAAUAAAGUCACUGCUUACAUAA